AUGACCUUAUGUCCAAGCUCAGCACAUAGAUCUGGGCUGUUGGCAAUAAAAGUCCUCUUUGAAAAUCCAAAGUGCUGGUUAAAGGUCUUCUUGCAAGAAUGUGAGUCCUCGGUGGUGACAGAUACAUCCAACGCGACAGCCAGAGCCAGGAACGCCAGGCCGCUGUGCCAUUUCUACCACGCGGUCUACGCUUUGGUGAUGGUCGUUGGCCUCCUGGGCCUGCUGGGGAACGGGGCCGUCGUCUGGCUGCUGGGCUUCCGCGUGCAGAGGACCCCCUUCUCCGUCUACAUCCUCAACCUGGCCUGUGCCGACUUCCUCUUCCUCCUGGGCAACAUUGCCUGGCUCACCAUCAUCAUCUCGAGCCAUCACCUGAAUAUGGCCAAGGCCCUCGUGGAAGCCGUGAAGCAGGCCUCCUUGCUGGCCAGCGUGUGUCUGCUGAUGGCCGUCAGCACCCAGCGCUGCGUCUCCGUCCCCUACCCCGUCUGGUACCGCUGCCACCGCCCGGCCCACCUCUCCUCCGCUGUCUGCGCCCUCAUCUGGGUGCUGGCAUCUUGUUCCGGGACGUUAGGACCUUUCUGUUCUUACUUUGCUUCCCCGUCGUGUCACAGAAUCUACCUGUUCUAUUACGUGGUGUCUCUGCUGACAUCGCUGGUGCUCUGUGCGUCCAGCCUGGCCCUGCUGCUCCGGGUCCGCUGCGGCUCUGGGCGGCGGCGGCCCGGCAGGCUGUACCUGACCAUCGCGCUCAGCGUGCUGGCCUUCCUUCUGCUGGGGCUGCCCUUGGACACCGUGCUGGUGGCCACUCUGUACUCAGACACGUUUCCUUAUUUUGACGUCCUCCUGCCCACGCUCUACUUGCUGUCCAUCCUCAACAGCGUGGUGAACCCCCUCAUCUACUUCUUUGUGGGGAGGUACAGGCAGCCACGGGGCCACAGGCCUCUCCGAGAGGUGCUGCAGAGUGCGCUGACAGAUGAGGAGGAAAGGGAUAGGCAGAGAGGGGCACCCAGCCCACGCCUGGAAGUGACGUCUGUGUGA